AUGACCAGGGGCGCUUGGAUGUGCAGUCGGCAGUGUGAUGACGGCUUAAAAAUCUGGUUCGCACCCCGAGAGAACGAAAAACCCUUCACGGAUUCAGAGAGGGCUCAGAAAUGGCGACUGUCCCUGGCAUCGCUCUUGUUUUUCACCGUCCUGCUCUCUGAUCACUUGUGGUUCUGCGCCGAGGCCAAAUUUACGGGGACUGGAGAGAAGGAGCAGCCGCCGCCCGAGCAGCCGGAGCCCGCGGAGCCGGAGCUGCCAGCGGGGAUGGGGGACCCGGCGCCCCCCGCCACCCGGCUCCUCGCACCCGCCUCGCCCUCCCCUGGCACGGAGCCCCUGGGCAACUCCACCGGCAGCCCCCCGGAGACCUGCCCCCCUUUGGGAUCCUCGUCCGGGCAGUGCUUCAGCGUGGGGGACGCGGAGGCGGUGUGCGAGCGGCGGGGGAUGCCGGGGAGGCGGCGGGGAGCGGGGCAGAGCCCGGCGCCCGCCUGGGACCUGACGGAUUUUUACCUUUCCUUUUGUAAUUCUUACACACUUUGGGAGUUGUUCGCCGGGUUGUCCAAUCCGGACACUUUGAACUGCAGUCUGGAUGCGGUGCUGAGGGGGGAAGGCUCCUGCAGCCAGUGCGUCCAGGCUUACCAGCGCUACGACCAGCACGCUCAGGAGAAAUACGAAGAGUUUGAGGUUAUGCUCCAGAAAUACUUACAGUCGGAUGAGUACUCGGUGAAAUCGUGUCCCGAGGAUUGUAAGGGCUCUUCAUCUGCCGAUUCUGUAUCUGUCAGCAGACAUUCUCCCGUAAGCCACAGUCGCAUGCUGUCACUAGAGAGUCGCUGGACAUUAAGGCUGCUUGAGCAGUUUGAAAGAAAAGGCAUGAGGCGACAGCUGUUCUUUGUAAAGUUCAGUAAAGCAGAGACAGCCUUGAAGCAGAAAACUCUGUUUGAUCUCAAGUGUUUGCCCCUCUUCGGCAUCCACCCAGUUUAUCUCAAGCACAGGUGUAUGUUACUUCCAAUUGUUUGAGACAAGCAGGUAUUAUACAUAGAUGCUUAGAGGAUAUACACAAAGGAGAACAUGCCCAGUCUGCAAUAACGGACUUGAACUGUUGAGAAAAAGACAUAGAAGUUCAACUUGCAGAGCAGAGGAAAAGCCAGUUCUGAAGCCUGGAGCAAGAAUGUGACUUUCUUCUGUGUUAUACUCACAUCUUCUUAUCAAAAUUUAUCUCUGCAAGGAAAUGCUCAGAGAAUAUCGGUGAGAAGAAAGCUCCUGGAUGAAAAUGUCAGGUCAGUGAAGAAACAGUCAAACCCAAUGAAUUAUCUUUCAAAUUAACUUAAUGGUUUUGCCUAUGAAUUUUGUUGGUCAGUGGGUUUAGCUAGUUUGGAAAAAGGCAAUUUUGAUCUCAGAACAGCUUGCAUGUUUCAAGGGGAGUUAUCUUCUCUAUUGACCAAUUCUAUGAGAACUGCUGCACUUAUGGUUCAUAGCCAACUCCUUUAAAAAAAAAGGAAGUAGCAAGGAACUCGUGAUCAUGAUCUAUGUAAUUUUGCACAUUUUAUUCUGAUUAUUCUUUUGUAAUGUUAUUUCAAAAAGCAAAAUAAAAGUUUUCUUUUAAUUAUGACUUCUAUGAGUUUUUUUUUUAUCUAUUGAAAAAAAACAGUUGAAUAAAAUAUCAUUUCCUAUUCUUUUAGUAAUUGAAAGUUUUCACUUAGCUGCUCUUUUUUCAUGUUUGUCUUUCCUCCUGUCGUAAGCUGUCCUGACAGGAAAUAGUCUGUUUUAGCCACAAUAAAUAUCAAACAGUACAUAAAAAGCAACACUCACAGGCUAAACCAUCAUGAAUUUAUUGGGAAAGUAUGUAUAUCGUGGAGGUGAUUAAUUGUAUAGGCAAUAUGUACAUAAAUAUACUUGUAUGCAAAAAGAGAGAUAUUGAGAGAGAGGAAGUGAGAAAUUUUGCCUGUUGACAUGUAAGAAGUAAGAGGCAAGCAGGAAGGAAGAUUCAAGUGGGUCUUUCAGCAUCUUAGUUAAACUAUUGUGUUCAAACCUCUAGCCUAGUGAUAAGGCCUUAUAAAGAAAAAUGUUACAUGGCAGAGUCUCAUUUCCAAGCUGCUUACUAGAAUCAACCAUAAAUAUGGUAUUUGAUUUAGCCAAUCUCAUUUGUGCUGUGUGACAGGAUGGUUACAUAGAGAAAACAGUGAAGUGCACAUUUUUUUGUUUAUCCUCUUUGUACUAGUGUUAGAAAACCUAGGAAAUGUGCUUUUCAUGACAAUAAAAAGGUAAACAAAAUAGCAGUACUACUUCCAAA